AUAAGUUCAAGGAUGCAUUCCGUUCGAAUUCAUAAAGUGAUCGAUCAAAUGACUUCUUUUUUUCAUCGUAUCGGUAUCUGGCAUGGAGAGGACAAGCCAACAGUUGGUCAAAUCAGAUUGAAGUCAUUCUAUUGCAUCCACUACCUGUUUUUUAUCACUUCAACCUCGAUUGGAGCAAUUACAAAAGAAACCGUAGAUGAAAGUAUUUUCUUAGCGGAAGUAUCCAUUGCUCUGACCGUCUUGACUAUUAAAAUUUGGAUGUUGAUUUGGAAACAGAAGCAAAUUAUGCGGUUGCUGGAUCGAAUUUGUGUCUUCUCAAUUCGAAAUAACGAAGAGUUCGAAUUUUUCACUGACAAAGUAGAAAAAUUCAUCAAAUUUGUGAAUGUAUUCAUGUGCGCUACUAUAGUUGGUUCAUUGGGAAAUUCAGCAUUCCCCUUUAUUGGAAAUGAGAGAACAAUUAUUGUGGAUUUUGCUUUUCCCAUGGAUUGGAAAAAUAGUGAAAUUGGAUUUUGGAUGGCGUACAUUUUCUUCGUUUUCGAAAAUAUUCUGACAUUUCUGCCGUUUUCGUUUUCCGUUAUAAUUUGGUAUCUAUUGCUACAUUGUUCCUUAAGGUAUAAAAUUCUAUUAACAGAAAUGAGAAACAUGGGAAGAAUCACAGGCGGCGAUAAAGUAAAAAUCUCGGAACAGGAACAAAAAACCAUCUAUCAUAAGGACUUCGCGGCGGCGAUUGAAGCUCACAAUCAUUUAAGGGGAUUGAUCGAUGAACUGGAGUCAUUUUUAUCAAAACUUUUUCUAGUACAAUUCGCUACCAGUGGUCUCUGUAUUUGCGGUUCAAUUUGUUGUUUGGCAUUCGAUGUUAGCGUCCACUUUGUAGAACGCAUGGUUCACAGCAUUUCGCUCUUUUACAACAUUGCUGAAUUAUUUAUGAUAACAUACUUCGGGAAUGAAAUUAUGUUGUCAAGUAGUCGCUUGACUUACAGUCUGUUUGAAUCCGAAUGGAUCGGACAACCACAUUCAACCCAGAAAUGCAUAAUCAUUUUUGGUGAAUAUUUGAAGCGAUCGCAUGUGAUGUUAAUCGGUAAACUGUAUCCGUUGACUUUGGAAACAUUUACUAGGAUUUUGAAGUCAUCGUACAGCCUGUUCAACAUUUUAAAAAAGACUAAACAGUAA